AUGAGCUUAUUCAGCAAAUUCAAAGCUGCCAUUUUGAAAGAGCAAGAAGAGGAUGUAGCCCAAACCACCGAGUACAUCAAUGCUUACCCACCAAAGAAGCUUGCCCAGAUGGGUCUUGCGGUAAUAAACUUGAAUAUUUCAAAUAUGAGGACUGGUAUUGGUGGCAAGACAAUUUUGGAAUUGCAGUUGGACAAUGCUAUAAGCAAUGGAGAUCUAUCCUCAGCCUCGAUGAAAACGGGUGACAUCGUGAGGAUUGAUAAGAUGACAAAAGCAAAGAAGAAAGACGAAGAGAGCAAGGAGAAGGACGAAUCUAUUGAGGCUGUAGUUGUUAAGGUUUCUAAUUUGACAAUUACCGUUUCGGUAGAUGAGUCCGCUGGGGACGACAAAGUACUUAACUACUACAACAACACCAAUGAUUCAACUAGAAUAUGGAUCGUCAAAUUGUCCAACGCGAUUACAUAUAAGCGAAUGAUCACAACCAUGAAUAAAGUACUUGAAUUAAAAGAAAGUGAGAAGAACGACAUCCACAAGUUACUACUCGGGGAAACUAAAUAUACUCUAUCAAAUGGUAACUCUAGUAUCGAUUUCUUCAAUCGCGGCUUGAACCGAUCUCAAAAGUCUGCAAUUGAUUUUGCAAUCAACAAGUCCAAUAUCUCAAUCAUCUUUGGGCCGCCAGGAACGGGUAAAACUAUGACGUUGGUUGAAUUAAUUCGACAGUUGACGACUCGAGGGGAGAAAGUUUUGGUUUGUGGUCCAUCCAAUAUUUCUGUUGAUACAAUUUUAGAGAGACUUGGAGAACAUUACAAAGCAGGCGAGUUGGUACGAAUUGGACACCCAGCUAGACUCUUACCCGUCAACGUUCAACAUUCUCUUGAAGUUCUUUCCAAGAGUUACGGCAGAGACGUGAUCAAAGAUCUCGAGAACGACAUUCAAUCAGUUUUAGGCAAGAUCAAAAAGUGCAAGAGAUACGUAGAGAGGAAAACAUUGUAUCAAGAGUUGAAACUGUUGAAGAAAGAGCUAGUUCAAAGAGAGAGAAAAAUUGUUCACGAAUUGCUUAACCAAGCAAAGGUCGUUCUUGCCACAUUGCAUGGUGCUGGCUCUUAUGAUUUGAAAAGAAGUGGUGCCAAUUUUGACUCCAUCAUUAUUGACGAGGUAUCACAGUCUCUUGAGCCCCAAUGUUGGAUCCCAUUACUACACAACGACAAAUUCAAGAGGUUGGUGAUUGCUGGUGACAAUAUGCAACUACCACCAACUAUAAUGUCAGGCACAGCCACUCUUUUGGAAACAACGUUAUUUGACAGACUAGUCAACAAAUUGGAAGGUGACAAGUUUAAAAAAUUGUUGAAUGUUCAGUACCGAAUGAAUGAUAGUAUAAUGAAGUUCCCUAGCAUGCAAUUAUACGAAGACAAAUUGAUAGGUGACGAGUCUGUUAAAGAAAUCAAGCUCACGGAUCUUCCCGGUGUUUCUAGAAACGACGAAACUAAUGUACAAUGUGUUUGGUACGACACGCAAGGGGGUGACUUUCCUGAGCAAAAAUUAGAAUCAAUAAAGGGAGAUUCAAAGUACAACGAAAUGGAAUUACAAAUUGUUAGGGGCCAUGUAAAGAAAUUGAUUGAGAGUGGGGUACCGCCCCAAGAUAUUGGAAUCAUUGCCCCGUAUGCGGCCCAGGUGCAACUUCUAAAAAAGCAACUAGGUCCUGACUCAUUAAUUGAAGUGAGUACAGUUGAUGGAUUUCAAGGUCGUGAAAAAGAGGUUAUCAUCUUGACCUUAGUGAGGUCCAAUGAUGAAAGAGAUGUUGGAUUCUUAAGUGAAGAACGAAGAUUGAAUGUGGCAAUCACUAGACCAAAGCGACAACUUUGUGUCAUUGGUGAUUUACAGUUGAUGAAUGAUUCAGGGCACAAAUUUCUUCAGAGCUGGAGCAAGUACGUCGAAGAUGGUUUCGAGGAUGGGAAAUCAGUAAGACCAUAUGAAAUUGUGUAUCCAAACAUUGAUGAUUACGCUGACUGGUAA